GUUCAAUCUCCCGCCUCUUCUCACAUCCCAUGUCAUUCGGUCUCAUCGAAACACACAAAAUCCACACUGAAAUCCUCAGAACACAAUAAAAUGGAGAAAGGGGGUCGUGAAAUUGGUUAUCCUGGUUCUCGGCAUGUGGAUUUGAAAAGGUCGUUUAAGCUCGGUCUACAUGGCCUCCUUACCACUUGCUCCAAAGAGGAGUUCUGCAAAGCGUUUCCAAGAUUUAGCCAGACAGAGCAAGAGCGUCUCCAUAGGCUAUAUAUAGAGGUUAUUGUGUCUUUACAUCAGAAUAUUGAGGAUGAGUUUGAAGUUCUGUGCCAGGAGACGAAGGUGGGAAACGUUCUUGAUACUGUAGAGAAACUUGUGGAAGAACAAACUCUGGAUCCUCUAUACCCUGAUAAGACAAAUUUCAAAGAUGUUGCACAAGUCUUGUCCACCUUAAAGAAGAAUGAGAUCCAAAAUCUUACAAGCAUGCUGGAAAAGUCGGAAGCACAGAACAAAGUGUUGAGAAGUCGUGUUGAAUUCUUACAAAAGGAAACACAAACUUCCUCAAAUGCUGUCCAAAAGCUCCAGAUGAAGAACGCAGGAAUGUUGAAUCAAUGAACAAGCAAUACUACUGAUCCAUGAUAGCCACCAGGUUCAAAGAUUCUUGUAUGAAACUCAACUCCAAGUGAGGUUAGAUACGCCAUUAGGUUAAACUUGGAUUGUGUCACCAACAUCUUAGUGACACUGUAGACAUGCUGUUGUCUUUGUUUUCUCUAUAUUGUCCCUUUUGGAUCCUGAGGCUUUUGUUCUUGUGCUAUUUCACUUUUUUCAUAAAUCGUGCGGUCAAAUGGGGUCGGUUAUCUUUGGUUUU